AUGUUAGCUUUUGCCUUUGUAACGGCUGCUAGAAGACUCUGCCCAUACAUUCAAGCCCACACAAUAAGGGUGUUUACGGAGAGCCCAUUAGUGAAAAGCCUAAGAAAACCUAAUAGCUCAGGAAGAUUGGUAGUGUGGUUGAUUGAGUUAAGUAAGUUCGAUUUGGAAUAUGUGCCAAGAAAGGCAGUAAAGGGGCAAGCAAUGGCAGAGCUUUCAGGCUUCCCUCAAGAUGACACAGUAGCUCUAAUGGGAAGGCCAUGGAUACCAAAGGUGGACAACAAAGUGGCAGAUAAGUUGGCGCAUAUAGCAUCAGGAAUGGAUGAGGCACCUUUCCCAUGGCAAGUGGAAAGAAGAAUCAUCGAGAUCUUGACCAUCAAGAAAGAAGUGGGUGUCCCAGGCUCCAAUAUCCUAGAUUGGGAAAUUAGUGUGGUCGAAUACCUAGAAGAAGGAAAGUUACUAGAGAAAAAGGAGGAGGCAAGGGGGGUAAGGAGAAAGGCGGCAAGGAAGACCUUAGCUAGGAAGGUGGUAAGGGCAGGAUACUACCAGCCUAAUGCAUUAAGGGAUGCUUUAGAAUUCACUAAGAGAUGUGUUAAGUACCAAACGUACGAGCUAGUGUUGCACGCCCCUCUAGAGAGAUUAACAUCUAUAAUAGCACCACGACCCAUUACAAUAUGGAGCGUCGAUCUGGUUGGACCGUUCCCAACAGGGAGAGGCAGAGUAAAGUUCAUGGUUGUCACAAAGUGGGCAGAGGCAGAGCCACUGGCAAGCAUGACAAGCAAGACUGUGACUAGAGAAUGGUGUACAGAGUUGAAGAUUAAGGUGAAGUACUCAUCACUAGGUCACCCUCAAGCAAACGGGCAAGUAGAAGCGACAAACAAGGCAUUACUCUCAAUUAUGAAGAAGAGGGACACAGAGAAAAAGGGAGAGUGGGCAGACGAGCUGCUAGGGAAUGAUAAGAAAAUAGAGGAGUACCUUGAUUUAGUGGAAGAAGAAAGGGAAAUAGCGAAAGCUAGAAUGUUGCAAGAAAAAGCUAAAGCCAAGCAAUACUUCAACAAAAGGGUAAAGCUCAGGACUUUUAAGGUGGGAAAUCUGGUCUUGAAGAGAAGCGAGGUGACUACCCAAGAUGAAGGGAAGAUGGGAACCCAGUGGGAAGGGCCUUUCUUGGUGGUAGCAAAUAACAGACUUGGGUUGUACCGUUUGAAAGACAAUCGAGGAAAGGAGCUGCCACACCCAUGGAAUGUAGAGCAGCUAAGGAAAUUUUAUCAGUAG